GUAUCAUAUACGGUCAGUAACGAGUGCAGAAGAAAUGCAACCGGCAUGCAUUGUGCGGUAAUCGUCUGACUCACAUCGAACUGUGUGUGUGUGUGUGUGUGUGUGUAUGUGUGAAAGGCGUGUAGUCAUCGAGCCAGCAUCGAUAUAUGUUUGUCUCUCGCUCGCGUGCGUUAGUGUACGUUGAAGGAAAUUCGCUGCCAUCCAUGAACUGCAGACAAAAGUUGUAGUUGCCGCAAAGCUGUUGCCGUUGCCCCUGGAAGAAACGGACUAUGUCGGCAAAUAAAACAAAGAAGGUCAAAAUGGCUACUAAAUCUUGUCCUGAAUGCGACCAACAGAUUCCAGUUGCAUGCAAGUCAUGCCCGUGUGGUUAUGUGUUUAUUAGCAGAAAACUCCUAAAUGCCAAGUUGAAUGAACGCUCUUCUCCAGCAAUAGCAGACAAGUUUGACUUUAAGCGGAGGAGGACAGAGCGCAUUCGCAGAGAAAGGAUUGACUCUCCUUUAACUCAUGACAUGGAAAACAGGAGAAGGCCCCGGGCCAAUAGCCAAUCAGAUCCCAUCCGACGGGGACGGGGGAGACCAAAAACUGUGGGGCUGAAGAAACAUGAAGAGGAGAAAGAAAAACAAGAGAAGGAAGUGGAUAUUUAUGCCAGUCUCUCUGAUGAAAAGGCCUUUGUGUUUUCUGUGGCCUUGGCUGAGAUAAACCGCAAGAUCCUAGGUCAAAGACUCAUCUUAUAAAUGAAAGCCUGAACAGUGAAACCUAGCAGAGAGGACCUAUAAAGUAGCAAGAGAAUGACCAAAGAGAGAACAACUGGCUGGAGCUGAACGUUGACCUGGGCUUGUUACACUUGGAAAAUGGGACAAGAUUCAGAGAACUGAAAGAAGCCAGAGUUCUUUGACACCUUAAAUUAACCACAGACAUAUAGAUAUACAGUCAGGUCACAAAUUAAAGGAAAACCUGAUCCCUUGACCCUACAGAGAGGGGAUCUAGUGACUCUGUUAUGCUGUGUGGGGCAAUGUGCAGACAUGCUUUCAGUCCAGUGGUUCCCUGUAGAGUGAAAUGUCACUGCAAAUCAGUAGAAACCGUUUUGUGUGACCUCUAGCCAACGAUGACACCUUUCAAUCCUGAUGGGAGUGGUCUCUUCCAGAAUGACAAUGCCCCCAUCCAUAGGUAAAUGGUAGAGAAAUAUGAAAAGGAUUUUUUAAAAAAUAUGUGAAUUACCAUCAUCAAAACACCAAAUGAGGGACUGUCUUCUUUAUCCAUCUGUAAAGGUGUUCUGGUGGCCAGACAACUUACUAAGACUAUUUAUGUUGGGGUUUCCUAUAAUUUGUCACUUAUCUAUAUCAUUCUGUACAAACAUAUGAGUAUAAUGUAAAUGUUGUAUGACAUACAUUAUUCUUGAUAGAACCAUGUAAUAAAGGCAGUGUUUGAUGUCAUUUUCCACCUGUUCUAUAGAUGCACACAUCGGAAACUAUGAUGUGGAUGUAUCUGGAUAUAUACAGUUUUCUGAAGGCCUAGUUUGGCUAAGUUGAAAUGAGUUUAAUUUAAGAGGACGCUGAAGUAAAGAAAUACUGCAUUCAUUUUAUAUGAAAUAAAUGGCCUUUGUUAUCAAGUGAACAUCUUCAGUUAGCUUAUUGGAAGGAGCUGUUAGAAGUGACUUUGUGAUACCUGCAUGUUUCCUUGUUUGUUUUUCAAAGAAUCUGCCUCAUUGGGUGACAAAUAAAGGUUUUAUGGUUGCUGGUAUAUCGACACAGAAAAA